GGCCGGAGCGCAGCCCCGCCCCCGGAAGUGCCUCGCGGGGCCGGAGUGGUUCCGGUUCCGGCGAGGCGCCUGCAGUUCUCCCAGUUCAGUUGCAGCUGUUGGUCGGCAGUAAGGAGCCAAGAUGCUGCGAAACCUCCUGGCCCUUCGUCAGAUUGCCCAGAGGACCAUCAGCACUACUUCCCGCAGGCAGAUUGAAAAUAAAGUUCUAGAGAAGCAAAAGCUAUUUCAGGAGGAUAAUGGAAUUCCAGUGCAUCUAAAGGGCGGGGUGGCCGAUGCCCUCCUGUAUAGGGCCACCAUGAUUCUUACAGUCGGUGGAACAGCAUAUGCCAUAUACCAGCUGGCAAUGGCUUCAUUUCCCAAGAAGCAGGACUGAUUGCUCUUCCUCCUUCCAGUAAUCAAGUUAGUUAAGUUCCAUUCAGCUCUCUAUGGACCAGUAACCUGAUAACCGAGUUCUUGGGGAAUCAAUAUUUAUUAACUUGUACUAACUGCCAUUAAUAAAGCAGUUUUUACCAUG